CUAGACAUGGCGGCGGUGAUGGUGACCGGGAGGGCGGCCGUUUGCGCGCGUCAGACGCUGGGGCUGGUGCUGCGGCGGGGCUGCGCCGGGCUGGCGGUGGACGACACGGUCAAUGGGCUGAGCGAGGAGCAGCGCCAGCUUAGGCAGACAAUGACAAAGUUCUGUCAAGAGCAUUUGGCUCCAAAAGCCCAACAGAUUGACCAGGAAAAUGAAUUCAAAGGCAUGCGGGAGUUUUGGAAGAAGCUUGGGGAGCUGGGAGUUCUGGGGAUCACAGCUCCUGUGGAAUAUGGUGGGUCUGCUCUGGGGUAUCUGGACCAUGUGCUGGUGGUGGAGGAAAUUUCUCGUGCAUCAGCAGCUGUUGGGCUUAGUUACGGUGCCCACUCAAACCUCUGCAUCAACCAGCUCGUGCGCAAUGGCAACGAGGCCCAGAAAAACAAGUACUUGCCCAAGCUAAUCAGUGGGGAACACAUUGGAGCUUUAGCAAUGAGUGAACCCAACGCUGGAUCUGACGUUGUGUCCAUGAAGCUGAAAGCAGACAAGAAAGGAGACUACUUUGUUUUGAACGGGAACAAGUUUUGGAUCACCAACGGGCCAGAUGCAGAUGUCCUCAUCGUUUAUGCUAAAACUGACCUCAACGCUGUUCCAGCCUCCCGAGGCAUAACUGCGUUCAUCGUGGAGAGGGGAAUGCCUGGAUUCAGCACAGCCCAGAAGCUCGACAAGCUGGGAAUGAGAGGGUCCAAUACCUGUGAACUGAUCUUUGAGAACUGCAAGAUCCCAGCUGAAAAUGUUCUGGGGGCACUGAGCAAAGGAGUCUACGUUCUGAUGAGUGGAUUGGACCUGGAGAGACUCGUGCUGUCUGGUGGGCCACUGGGGCUCAUGCAAGCUGUUCUUGACCACGCAAUUCCAUACCUACAUGUUAGAGAAGCGUUUGGGCAGAAAAUCGGCCACUUCCAGCUGAUGCAGGGGAAGAUGGCUGACAUGUACACGCGGCUCAUGGCCUGUCGCCAGUACGUCUACAACGUGGCCAAGGCCUGUGACCGGGGCCACUUCAACGCCAAGGACUGUGCUGGAGUGAUCCUGUACUCGGCAGAGUGUGCUACCCAAGUGGCUCUGGAUGGGAUUCAGUGUCUGGGUGGGAACGGUUACAUCAACGACUACCCCAUGGGGCGUUUCCUGCGGGACGCCAAGCUGUAUGAGAUCGGGGCGGGCACCAGCGAGGUGCGCAGGCUCAUCAUCGGCAGGGCCUUCAAUGCCACCUUUCAGUAACACCCAGCAGGGGAGAGGCAGCACCCCGACCACCACGAGGCCUUUCAGCAUCGAGGCUGCAGAGCACAGCUCUCUUAUGUCCUGCUCACCACUCACUCGUGGACUCCUCUGCCUGCUCUGUGAACAGAUGCUGCUGGACUGGGCUUGUGGACACAAUGAAUCAGUUGGUGGUGUGGAAGGAGGAGUGUGUCUUCUCAUGCUCAUCCUGAUCCAGCCUGCUCAUGAGCCAUCCUGGUCUGCAGCCUUGCAGGGCUGAGGGGGGACACCACCGUGCAAGCAGGCUGGUGAGCAGCGUGCCUGAAGCGAGAGGCAGCCAUUGCUGAGCACAGUCAGCCCUCCCCCACCAAAAACGGACCCCAAGGGAACAAUUCUGUUCCUUUACAGAGCCUCUGAGUGCCAUCAAGUAGCCAACACUUACACAUUGCCACGGGAAGGGGCAGCUUCCACCGUGGGACCCCCACAGCAACCCCUGUCACGGCGGUGGCUGUCGGGAACGCUCGGGCAUCAUCCACCCACAGGCAGCGGUUUAGGUGCUGGUUCCUAAAGCCUCAUUCAAACCCCUCCAUCUGUUUCUUUGCACACUUCUUUUCCUACCCCUGCUGCUUCUCAAGAGGUCUCAGCGUGGCCCCAGGGCUCUGCUCCCCUGCCUGGCUGCCUCCCGCCGUGCGAUUCAUGCCGAGGUGUCGCCAUCCAUCAUCCCGGCAGCAGUUAAAGCUCAGACCUGCAUUGUGACGUCCCUGAAUGGGGCAGGCAGGAGCACGUUGACUUUUUGGGUUGGGGUUAUUUGUUUUUGUUGGGUUUUUUUUUCCCUGAAGGUUGUUCUUUUUGACAAAAGCAUGUGCUCACACUCCACCUGCAGCUGGAGUCAGAGCGAGCACGGCGCCGUUGGACGGGCUUUUCAGUGCACGCUCUGUCCAGCAAAGUGAGGUUUACUUGGCCUUGUUCAGGAAAAUGGCACAGGCUACUGCCAGCCUUAAAGAGUGAAUCACAAAGGCAAGCUGGAUGUUGUAAAUAUGACAGAGCAAUUAGUUAAACAGUUGCCAUGCAGGCAACCUCCCAGCAGCUGGGACAGAAAAGGGCUUAAAGCUUGGCGUGUUGCUUUUGGCUGCAGGUGACAUCUGUCUCUGCUGGGACAGCACACUAGUGCAGAACUUGAAAAUGGCACAGAUUGAAGAAAAGCUCACUUUCCUGAGUGGCCAGGCAGAUCACCAAGUGUUUAUAAAAGCUACAAAAGUUCACUUCAGAGAGCUUCUGAAGGGAUGGUGGCAGUGCCUUCGUCCUAAGCUUCCCCUUUACUCUGGGUGGAAGAUGGCUGUCCCUCUGUAAGUGUCCCAGGGUUCCAUGUUCAGCCUUAAUCUCUGGAUGGAGGUGGCAGAGAAUGUACAGAGGUGCGCUGUCAAGAAAAUCUUGAUGAUCUGCCCCUGGAAAUGCUUUGGACAGGAGCCUUGGAGCAGGUGGGAAGUGCAUGUCCCAUGUGAAACGCCGUGUGCUGCUGGAUGUCAGUGUGAGGGUUCGUUUCUGUGACCCAGAGGGUGAUCACAGAUGUCAUCAUCUCUUCGACAUGCAAGUCACAAAAGUGCUGCAGUUGCUGCACCCCAGUCUUGUGUCCCCUCAGAGCCUCAGGGCAGGACUUCCCAGCUCAGCCCAGGUGCUGUGGCAGGUUCCUGCCGUGGUGGGUUGGGGUGCAGCCCCUCGGCGCCGCCUUCUGCCCGGGGUUUUUCCAGCUCUUUAAUCCAGGAAUGACUCACUGCAGUUUUCCUUGAAGGCUCUAAAGAGAACAGAGGAACUGAAUCACUGUGCUCUGAUCCAGCUCCAGCCAGAGGAGCUUCUCAAACAAGUGUUCCAGCCACGUCAGGAUGUUGGGAGGUUCAGGUCGCUAUAAAUAGGUUUUCUAAGGUGGAAGGGCCCUGUGGGGUUUGAAAGCCAUCCUCUGACAUUGGAGAGGUCUGGGUUUUAAUGCACAUCAUAAAUAAUGCCUUCACUUUCUAGGCUGAUCAGCACCUUGGAGUUAAAGGUAAAAUGAAUCAAUGUCUAAUGCAUCAUGGGACAGGGUGGAGGGAGAGAUCCAUAAAUCCUCAGCAGGGUUAUGGGCUGGAAAGCUCACUUGUGCCUAGGAUGGCUCUGCUUGCACUGAGGAGCUUCCACAGUGGUGUAAAAGGGCUGGGGAGGGCUCUGCGAGGCGUAAGGGUUUUCAUUUGUAUAUCACACUAAUAAAACAGGCUCUUGCUGGGUG